AUGUAUUCGCCCCAGGCCAUGUUCCACCACUACAAGCGAGCCAUGGCGGCCAGCGCGCGCGCGGCGCUCCUUCUGGGCUCGCUGCUGGCGUUGCUGUCGCUCGAGGCGGCCGCCAUGUGCCCCUACCACAUGCUGUGGAUGGAGGGCUCGCCGAUGAAGCUGCCUGACGAGCAAAUUGCUCAACACAGCACCGCGCGGGGUGUUCAGUUUCACCGGACGCUGCUGCAGAACGGCGCUCCCGAAAACCGCCAGGCUGACGGCAAGGUGGAAGGGGUCGAAUUCCCCAUCGGCGGUGGCUCGUGCGCGUACACGAACCCGAUGACGCAGGGCAGGUCGUGCAUCCAGUUCACCGGGGAGUUGUGGGCCAACGCGCCGGGCAGGGCGGAGAAGAGGUGCACGGUCGAGGGCCCGUCGCCGGGGGCGACGGACGGCGAGUACGCGGCCGAGGCGCUGUGUGAGGCGUUUUCGGACGCCGACUUCGCCGGCGUGUGCGUGCUGGACGCGGGCGAGGCGGAGGAGGUGCGCACGACGUUCCUGAGCCGGGUGGGCGAGCCGGCGUCGUCGUGCGAGCAGCUGAAGGCGGUGUGCGAGACGUUCGUUGGAGGGAUCUUCGACGGGCAGGGCGGCAAGUGCGGUGCGGGACCCGCGGCAGACACAGAUCGGGGUCCUGUCAAUACAUCGGCACCGUGCCAGCUUUCUCCUGGAAUCGCUGGAGGUGGGCACAUGCACAUCGACUCUCAUUGGGACUCCACUUGCGAGAACCAGGAAAAUGAGUAUGCGCAGCCUUUGAGGUGGGCAGCCGACAUAGAGACUGUGCUCAUUCAGAAGGGGAGCAGAACAGUCGGCCGGAUUUACUACGACAUUGCAAACAAUAGGAAAAGGCAAGAUUGGCUGCAUGUUGAGGGCAAUGAAGCAUCUCUGCUGUUUGGAAUCAAGAACGCAACCGCUGUACAUGUACAUGGGGAGCUCUCCAUAAUGGAUUGGGACAAGGGUGUCUGCAUCAAGACCAAGGUGCCUGUGGGCAACUUGCGGUCCAAUUGGGUGCUGGACAGCUAUGGUGCAGGAACCGUAUCCCAGUACCUGGGCCCAGGGUACAUCCUGUACAAUGGUGCCUUUCGGCAUGUUAGGCAGUGGCGCAAGACAGAGCCCCUGGAAAACGCCUUCAUGGUCCAGAGCUAUGACGAGGAGCAGGAGUGGGAGACGCCGGAGGGCAUGAAGCGUCGCCCCCUUCUCAGAGAGACCCCUGGGUCUCCUGGCCAGGGCGACGCCAUUGACAUCUUUUACAACCACACUACCGAGUUUGAGGACAGCGUGUUUGACAUCCUGGACGGAUUAGAUUGCAGAGCGAUGGAAGGGGGUGGAGGCGGUGGCUUCGGCGAGUUGAACACCAACAGCACUUUCCACAUAGACUCUUCUUUUGUGCGAGUGGAUUGCGACGACUGUGGCCUUGUCUACAGUGACAAGGAGGCAGAGGACAACGUAGCUGAUGCGAAAGCGCCAAAGGGCAACGCAACGUACCUCAAUGGCACGGAAGUCAUAAGGCAAGAGGGGCUCUUGGAGCUGACGUGGGAAUAUUUUCCAGACAGCGACACUUUCUCUUUCAACUUCAAGAGCGAAGUGACGGGGAGCUGGCUCGCGCUGGCAUUUCCAAAAUUCAGCUGUGCAAUGGUGCCCGCCGACGCUGUCGUUGCAGUGCCAGGAGAUGAUGGAUCGGAGGACGAUAUCUCCCCUUACAAGAUGGAAGUGGCUGCUUUGAGCGGCGUUGUUCUGGACAAUGGUCAGGUUCUGGAGGAUGCGACUCUGACUAAAGCCGAUGGGAUGCAGGAGCUGUCGUUUUCGAGAAAGGCUGACAAUGGGGGGGAGAGCGUUUUAAAUCCCUUAGCACCAAUCGACUUAACUUGGGCAAUUGGAUCGGAUAUGGCCCUUGGGUACCAUGGGGCAGACGGCAGGGGUUGUUUGACCAUCAACGGGGUCGAAUCGUGA